AUGCAUCGGCUGCCUCCUGGCUUCGAUGAUGUUGCAACGGCGCAGUCAAGGAAGUCUGGCUCGGCCAGCAUCAUCGCAGUCGUUGUGGACGCUCUUAGCCCGACUCGAACAGGGGGUUCGUCUUAUAUGUCAACAUUUACGGUCAAGGACUGCGAUUUUGGCUCUGAAUCAUGGCGAGGUCUCAAAGUGAAAUACUUCCAUAAUGACCAGGCACAUCUCCCGGACCCUGAUGAAGGCGACGUCAUUUUGCUGCGGAAUAUCAGGGUAGGCUUUGUCAAGGGUGUAUGUAUGUACGUGUCUUCAAAUGCUGACAGCGCCCUCUGGACUAUGUGGAAGAAACGGGGCUCGGUUAAGAGCAAGCCUGGGUUUCGUGGCCCAGAUAGAGCAGAGAGCGAGUAUGCAUUGCGGUUGCUAAAUAACGGCUCUGCCCAGGAUAUCCCCCAGGGUCAGCGGUAUGUCGCUGCAGCUCCCCAGAAACAACUUACCCCGAAGCACACUUCAAGCCAAACGGCAAGUCCUCGACUCCCAGGUCGCAAGUUUUGUUUACUCAAGGAUGCUGCCUUUUCGUCCUUUAUUGAUAUCACCGGCCAGGUUGUAAAAACUUUCAUGGAAGGUGACGGUAGAUUCAUACUUUAUGUCACUGAUUAUACCUCAAACAAAAACCUUUAUAACUAUGUGCAGCCGUCUAGAGGCACGGGAGAUGAUGACUCUGAGUAUCGCUACAUCAACAAGAACAAGGGCAGACAGUGGCCUGGCCCUUUUGGGACAAUGACCAUCCAGGUGACACUCUGGGAGCCGCAUGCGCGAUAUGCCCGAGAAAAUGUCAAGGUGGAUGACUAUGUCACUCUAUAUAAUGUCAAUAUCAAGACAGACAAGUUUUCUGGCAGGAUGGAAGGGGUCCUGCACACGGAUAGGAGAUACCCUGACAAAAUACAGGUGCAUAUUAUUAACGAUAACGAAACAGACGUUCAUAUAAGGCAGUUAGUUGGGCGAAAGAAACACUAUUGGCGGACAUUACGUGCAGAUCUACCCAGCGCCUUUGGGGAUAGCAAUCGAUCAGAAAAGUCUACCUCCGACCUUGCCAGCAGCAGGAAAAAACAGAAGCUGGAGGAGAAACGAGAGAGAUUAAAAGAGGAAAAGAGAAGGAAAAAGAAAGAUCCUGAGCAGCCGGAUUUCCCUCGCCUAGUUCAGACUAAAAGGGACGAGCUUAACCCGCAUAUACGUGCAUCAAACCCAGCCAUACCCUGUCGGUUGAUCAGAGACAUCCUAGACCCCGAUACCCAUACAUUCAAGGGUCCUGAUGGUGUCGAAUUUCAGUUACCUUUCCAAAACGUCCGCUACCGCUCUUCCGUCCGCGUGGUUGAUUUUUUCCCACAUAACAUAGAAGAUUUUUCCGUCUCAUAUAAUGUGGAUUACGCCCUCACCAAUGAUGGAGGUGAUGCCUCCGAUGACAGCGAUCCUGGCGCCCGUAGGUGGUGGGAAUGGCGGUUCUGUCUCCUCGUUGAAGACGGAGGUCCAAACGUCCCACACCUCCCACCAGGAAAAACACGAGAACGCAUGCCACUCCUUGUAUACGGCUCUGAGGCAGAGUUUCUACUUCACAUUGACGCUGUAAAUCUACGUGAUAACCCGGAAACGCUAGCUCAACUACGAGAGAGGCUAUUUCUUCUCUGGGGUGACCUAGAGGAACGCAAAAAUGCCGAUAUAGAUGCCUUCUACUCCAACAAGGCAGGUACUGUCUCUGCAAAGCCCUUCACCUGCUGCAUUAAGGAGUACGGCGUCAAGACUGGGGACAAGGAGAGCAACUCUGAUGUCUUAGGGUGGGAAAGACGUUUUCAGAUGUUCCAAACUACCAUUACAUGA